AUGAACGGAGAUCUCAGCCUGUCCCAAACUUUGGGAGGGCUUCGGAUAGCCAAUCCAGAUCAUUCGCCUCUCCCAGCAGAUGAUGCGACCGCUGAGUCAACAGCCUCCAACCCGUUCGGACUGCCGGACGGUUCGGUAUCAACACAGAAUCCCACGCAUGACGAACAGUCUGUCUUCCCUCCUGCGCCCUUUGAAUAUCCGACAGACGACCGCCAGACCUCAUCCCACCAAACCUCCCCAGAUAUCCAACCUGUGCUAUCGGGGUCUUACCAGUCAUACUCCGCUCCGCUCCUCUCAACCCCUCCGAAUCCCAACCGACCCCUUUCCUCCGUCUACGUAAAUGGUUCGGGAAAUCCGGUGCUCUCUCGUGACAAUACAUAUCGCAUUCGAACCGAUUCCGGUGCUUCGUCUGCAUCAGGGAACCAGGCGCGAUUAGAUACACGAGGGGGUUCAUCGGCAUUACAUGCCGGUGUUCUAGCGCGCGACAAUUCUCACAGCGACCGGUCAUACCGGACGGCGCAAAUUCCAGGCAACGGCCCGGCGGUUAUGCGUCAGCCGUCUCGAGCACAAGCAAGGAGCGGCGGUGUCUCCCAGAUGCCGCGAACAUCCUACAUGGCAGAAAACGGGCCCAUGGCGAGCAGCGAGGAAUGGCAGGAACGUGGUGCCGCGGUCUCCGUGCGACAAGAGGUGGAUGCCAAUGGUCAGACUGUGUCUCGUUAUAUCAAGAAGGGAGUCCGCGACUUCUCAUUUGGAAAUACGCUUGGUGAAGGCUCCUACAGUACGGUCGUCUUUGCAACGGACCGGCAGACUUUGAAGGAAUACGCGAUCAAGAUUCUCGAUAAACGACAUAUCAUCAAGGAGAGAAAGGUUAAAUACGUGAACAUCGAGAAGGACACACUCAACCGCCUGACCGAUCACCCGGGAAUUGUCAGAUUAUAUUAUACCUUCCAGGAUGAGCAGUCGCUAUAUUUUGUACUAGACUUGUGCAAAGGAGGAGAGCUGCUUGGUGUUCUGAAACGGAUGACCACAUUUGACGAAGAGUGUACACGGUUCUAUGGCGCGCAGAUCCUGGACACGAUAGACUAUAUGCACAAGCGCGGUGUGAUCCACCGAGAUCUGAAGCCCGAAAAUGUGUUACUUGACAGCGGGAUGCAUGUCAAAAUCACCGACUUCGGUACAGCCAAGAUUCUCAAGACUCCACGAAUUGAUCCCAGUUCAACUGGCAUUCUUCCUCUUGACUCGGCCGAACUUACUCAGGAAGAGCGAGCGAGCUCUUUCGUCGGCACGGCGGAAUAUGUCAGCCCGGAGCUGCUGACAGACAAAAAUGCAUGCAAAGCCAGUGACCUCUGGGCCUUUGGUUGCAUCAUCUACCAGCUUUUGACCGGUCGUCCACCGUUCAAAGCUGGAAACGAGUAUCAGACCUUCCAGAAAAUUGUGGCACUGGACUAUGAGUUCCCAGUUGGGUUCCCUGCUGUCGCGCGUGAUCUCGUUGAACGUCUCCUCGUUCUAGAACCUACUCGGCGUCUUCAGAUUGAGCACAUCAAAAACCAUGAGUUCUUUGAUGGCACCACGUGGGGUCCAGAUCUAUGGAAGCAGAAGGCACCUCGCUUGAAGGCCUAUGUACCUCCUGCACGAGACCCCAUCAAGCUCAACGACAAUAAAAACGGGGACAGUAUGCCGCCAGUCGUUUCGACUGCUCCUUCCAAUGCUCCAAAUUCCAGUUCGCGCCAUCUUCCGCGGGUGGUGACUGAGCUACCUCCACCAAGUCAAUUGGAUAUUGAAUGGUCGCCAGUUCUGAGCAAAUCCAACGAGCGGAUCUUGAAGUUAGGAAAUCUUAAAAUUCUCUCGAUUCUUUUCGGGAAGCGCUACGAAGAAACGACAACGACUGGUGAUGGUCACAUCAUCCGCGCGGAUCAUUUUGGCUGCAUCGGGGGUGAUGAGAAGAAGAUCAAGCUUGAGAUUCCUCUGCUCGCUCAAGGGACAAGUUACCGGAGCACAACUGAUUCCAAAGGAAUCUCGUCUUGGGUUGUGGAUACGCGAGACAAGCAUUACGUUUUUGAGGAUCCCAAACCAUCGUCGAGCAAUAUCGCUGCUACAGCAGUUCAGGUCCAGGAAUGGCUGGACGCUUUGGACAGAUCCCGGCAGAUGGCAGCGCAACAACAAACUGCAGGCUUCUCUGACGAUGCUUUCCGCGACCUCUCGUCGGGCUUCCCUAGCCCCGCCAAUACGCUAGACCGCACAUCUGAAAUGCAGAAAGAUGAUCGUGGCCCACCAUCAUCGGGUCGAAAUCAUUUAAUAAAACAGCAGGCCCCCGACACCGAGUCGACGAAAGGAAGGAAACGCUUCAGCAGGCGACAUUCGAAAAAUGGCCUCGCUGCGGUGUUCUAG